AUAAACAUGUUCUAAACAUUGCGUGUUGUCUAAAUUUGUUCUCUAUGGCUCAUAGACUCUACUAAAACUUUCUAUAUCGCUUUUGUCAAAUUUCAAAUGUAUAUAUUUAUUCCAUUUUAAGUACAACACUAGUUCGGUCACAAAGAACAGACCUUUUUACGUGUAAUAUGUUUUACCUUAAUCUUUGUAUUUCGCGCGCGUUGCCGCCACAAACAUUGACGCGAUGCGGUCGAUGAAAAGCAUCGAGAAGCGCAUGAAGGGACUGCGUCUCCGAUCGACGCGACGCGGAGUACCCGGAGUAACGAGGAGACGGUUGCCUCGUGUAUCGCCGGUCUACUACCAGUUAAAUUUAGAAGUCGUGGACGACGCGCGGACCUCGACCUUUCUCGGCCGUGUCGUCCUUCGUCAUCGCGGGCCGCGUCGAACUCAAGGUGUCCGGCCGGAGCGAUGGCGGGUUCCGAGACGUCGGCGUCGCGGGCCGAGAUCAGCGAGAGACCCUCGGCUAUCGUGCGCAUCGCAUAUCAUCAAUUGAGCGUCAUGUGCGGCACGCACGAUCCCACCGUGCCGAGCAUCGCACCCGCGAAUUCCGGCGACGCGGACGUUCGUGGCAUGAUGUGCACACGUCGUCUGCUGGGUUUGCCGGUGUUCGCCACGGUGACUGCGGCGUUCUGCGGCGCGUACAAAGCCGUGCGAGGUUCCCACGAGUCGGUCGCGACGAUACUAGGCCACGCAGAGAACGGGAUGCGCGCGGGCCUGGAGUUCGCCAGCCCCGUCACCGGCAGCAUCGCCAGUCUUCUGGAAACGCCGCUCAAGAUCGUCGACAACGCGAUGUGCGUCGGACUGGACUUCGUGGAGGAGACGGUACCUUCCGUGAAGCUGCCGCCCGGCGAAAUCUACGGGAACAUGAAGGACAGCGUCAGGAGUAUAUUCACGUCAGCAUUAGAAACUCUCAAGCUACUGUUUGGCGAACCGAAGGAUCGAAUAGAGGACUUGUCGAUUACAAACGAGACCGCACAGGGAAUCCGAAAAGUGUCUAGCUGAAUGUUGAAGACAUGACGAGACGUGAUUCGCACUCAGGCUUUCGUCGUGGCGUGCACUGUGAUGUUUCAAGCCACGAUUCCGCACUGCGUGUUUAUUCACGCCAAAACAAGUCUCAAAACAAAUCUAUUUCAGAUACAGUUUGUAACUCGUGUAAGAAUUCAGGGCGAAAUUUUAUCUCGUAUAAAUAGAAUUCUGUCUUGAAAUUAGGCGCAAAUUAUAAGUCGUCUAAAACGGAUUUUAGCUAUAAAACAUUCGCCGCGUUCAGAAGAAGUUAAUGCUUAGUAAUUAGCAUUUGGCGCAGAUUAAAUUAUUCUUUCACAUCUAGAAAAACAAUCCUAUCUUAGUGAAGAAAACUUUCAAUAAUUGCAAAAUAAAUGCAUAAUUCUGUUGAACGCGGUCAUUGCAAUAUAAAAAUAUAAUUAAUUGAACAACACAUAAUAACGCAAUCGUCUCGAUGAUAAGUGACAUAAGCGUGAUAAAAUGUAAAAUAAAUGGUUGCGUACAGCAGAGAAAACUAAUUAGUGUGAGCGCUCAGUGAUUCUUUAAUAUGAUUGAUUUUUGCCUUUAGUUUCUCUACUGGAUUUGAGACCGAUAUUCACACAGUUCUUCUAUUUAUAUACAAGACUGUAUUAACAGAGCCAUAUUAGCAUAUUAAGAUAUUACUUAUAAAGAUGGUCUUGAAAUAAGAACGGAUGAAUAUCGGUCUAAAUGUAUAAA